AUGCGACUCUCACCUCUGCUUCCACCAUCAGCGAGAAACAAUAUCUCCUACUCCAGGUUCUCUGGAUCUCGGCACCAGCUACCCGGCUCAAUCUCAAAACCGUUCACUUGGAGAACGUGGAAGCAGCAGGCCGACGGCCUCCUAAAAACGUUUCAAUCCUGGGCGAAUUACCGACGUAGUUUUACAAACGCCCCGAUUCCUGAGGGGACGUUUGCAUUGGCAAAGAAAUAUCAACUCCAAGCCGCCGCGUCCAACGACGAGAGUUUCCGAUCUAACGUGACCUUCUCGCCAGUUGCCAGCCGUACCCGCGGCAAGAUGACACAGUUUAGAACGGAAAUUGAGGGAGGGAAUCUACCCAGCUCACCCGAAGUGGGAGAUACCCCAGAUACCCCAGAUACCCGGGAUUCUCCUCUUCUUUCUCCUGGACCCCAGGAGCUUGCUCAUCUCAUGUACCCGCCAACGAAAGAUGAACAGAUCGUCAAUACCGCCCUUGUCGAUGUUUUGAAUGCGUUGACCAUGCACUUUCCAAACGCGAAUGACUGGACCUUGCAUCGCAAGUCAUUCAAAGCCGAAUUUGAACAUGCGUCCUUUGAGGCCCGGACGGAUGGGUAUCUGGAAGACGGUCCGUCAUCGAACAAGGUGCGAGCCCUAAUUGAGGUGAAACCGAUGACGCGAAGGAAGAGAAGGAACCCGACUUGUCUGCAAGAGGCGGCACAGAUGGCUGCCUGGAUCAAAUCUGAUCUUGAUGUCGGUGGCGCUUUGAACCUCCCAGGCCGUCGUCUGCAUGUGUCACAGGAUCGCCAUCAAAUAUUUCUCAUAUUCGCAGACUAUACCGAGGAUUAUAUUCGCUAUUUGAACAAUACGCUGCCACCGGAAUCUCCGCGCCCGUUCCUGAAGAUGAACGAGUUUGGGCCUUGGGAUACCACCCCUGUGAGCGAAAUGAUGCAGGUUGGUAGCAUUCUGCUGGCGAUCGCCUUGCGCAGUUAUCACGAUGCCAACAGCAAUGUCGACCCGAGCAGUGCCACUCCGAGUAGUGAUAUGAAACCGAAAGGGGAUAUUGAGCAGCCUGGUCGCACGGGACUGCCAUAA